CAGCCCCACUCGGCUCAAUACCGUCUCGUUAUGUCAGCCACGGUGCCCGUACAUUGCACGUUUGUUAUGCCCUGUAGUGUCGCCUACGUUGCCACUACUCAACACAUCAUUAAUUCACCAGUUAUCACAGUAGCUGCGUUCUGUUUACCAGUAAAGCAAAAAACGAAGGUACCGAUUUCACGGAGAACUGCGUGCGCCCAACUGAUGCUUCCACCACAAGGACCACUGCAUGCCGAAAAAUUGAGGCCGCUCUGGGAAACAAUCACAUUCACAAUAGCUUACGGGAAACAUGUAGCUAUCGAGUGGACUCGAGAACGUUGUAUAAAAAAGUUGACGAACAGCGAUCCACAAAUAAUCAGACAUGUACGACUCGAACAAAAUCCGUUAUUCGAGAGGAUGCCAUCAUGUAAGUUCCACAUUUUGUAA